AUGAAUGUCGGCAUGGGCAUCACUGAUGCAGAAGGCGUGGAACGGAUUUGGUCACGCACACGCAAAUUGAUUCCAAUAACCAAGAAUAUGGGGGCCUCCAGACGCAUCUGGAUGAUAGACCAGUAUGUUGGAUUCGUGAAUGAGGAUGGUCUAAUCGAGCUCGGGGCCUGGCAAGAGCGCCAAAGCACCGUGAAUCUAUUCAAGAAGGCUUCUGCUGCCCGUGCAGCGUUGGUUCUUGGUUCCAUUUCCGAGACAGACUUGCGCAAACAUUGGGAGGAUCAAAAGAAUGCGCAAACCUCCGUCCGUUCAGCUCCUCCAAAUAGACUCCGACGAGAUCUUGAGAAGGUCAUCACUCUCCAAGGGCAGAUCGAUUCUGUAGAUGAAGCAAUUUUGGAUGCAAAAAAGGCGAUCCUGGCCUCGAAUCACUCUCAGAAAUCUCGAAGGGUUCUUUCAGACCUUCAGGCUACACACUCCACGCUGGAUGCCCAAGUCAACCGGCUUUACGGCUCACUUGAUCUCAAUGAAGAUUUCCCGAAUCUUGCUCAUCUGCCAAUCGAGUUCCUUCACACCUUGCUUCUCAUGCGUACAUUAAAGCCUCACAUUCGACGUCAGGUCGUGGCAUCUUUUAUGGAAUGGGAGGCUCUGGACCAAGCAGUGAACGGCAAACGGGAGGCUUUGGGGAACAGAUUAUACCAGAACAUCAAGCAGUCCAUUUCACGUAGACAGCCCGCCCUCCUCAAGCUCAUUUAUCGAUUCAAUGGCUAUGUUAUCAAACUUUCGGAAUGUCGACCGGCCGACUGCUCCAUACCAAUCCCUCGACCUCUUUCCACAAAGCUGGCUGAGCUGCGUAGCGACCCUGGCCUCUACGAAGACGUCUGGAUCUCGACUCGUCUGGAAAGGCCUCCAAAGUGGCUCACAGAUGAAAAUGUUCGCGACGGAAUCCAAAACAUGUUGGUGCUAGACCGCUGUCGGGAAGAAGUGAAACGCAUGGCACUGGAACGAAGCAAUAUGAGAUCAUGGAUUUCUCAUGAGCUCAACCUUCUUCGGAAAGCACUCGACUUGCCUGGAGCACACGAAUCCACCAUUUCGUACCGAUUCCCAUCGUCAUCUGGGAGUCCGUCUCCUCCCCCCAUCAUACCAUCGUCGCCCGAUCUGGCGCAUCAAAACCAACCCGAGGCCUUUGAUCCCUACCUCGCCCUCCCGCCGCCUGAAGACGAGAUCCCUGACCUCGACGAAUUGCCCUCUGAACAACCACCCUCACCCCCACCUACCACACCUGCUCCUACCAUGUCAGGACACCACCGCAUCACCCUCGCCGCCAACCCCCCCUAUUUCGAUGGGGACAAGACAAAAUAUAUGGGCUUCGUGGACUCGUGCACUACCUACAUUGGUGCCUAUCGGUCGGAAUUCUCGCAGGAUGAAACAAAAAUCCUGUUCAUCCUCUCCUACCUCCGCAACGAGGCUGGCACAAGUUGCGCCGCCUCGAGAUGGGCGAUGAACUGGAAACAGCGCAACUUCGAGAGCCUUAGUGGGAUAAAGGCUGGGGUCACCUCGGCAACCUUCUUGGAGGAGCUUCAGAGGGCCUUCGGGGAUUCCAACGCAGAGCAAGUUGCCGCCGCUCGACUCAUGGCCCUCCGCCAGAACAAACGAUCCUUUGCGGAUUAUAUCUCCGACUUUGAGAUGCUGGCUUCGGAUGCGGGGUACAAUGUGGUCACCGCCACCAACGACAAGGGCGAGUACAAGAAGGGGGAUCAAGACAAUAUCCUCAUCGAGUUCCUUGAGCGCGGACUCAGUAGCGAGAUCGCCAGUCGCCUCUACAACACCGGUGUUCCCCUGCCCAAGGUGUAUGGCGCCUUCAAGGACUGGUGUGUCAACAUCGAGGCGAACGCUCUUCGUGACCAGCUGCGCAAAGCGUCGUAUGGGCACCCCACGCAACGACCACCUCCUCAAUUCCGCCCUCAGGCUGCUCCAACGACACCUGCACCUGCUCCGGCCCGACCCGCUGCCAACGAACCGGUUCCAAUGGAAAUCGAUCGCACCCAUGCCCGCAGCCGCAAUGUCAUCUGCUACAACUGUCAACAGCCCGGGCACAUUGCGCGGAACUGUCCGGAGCCAAGGAAGAAGCGCACAUUCUUCAAUCGGGCCACGAUGCUGGAAGAGAUCGAGAACGGGGACAAGGACAACGAGUUCCUCAAGGAGAUCGCUGAGAAGCUGCGCGAGAAGGGUUUUUGA